GCAACUGUCGUCGCCGGGUGUGUUCGCUGUUGGCCAUAAUUAUUCUUUCCGACGAAACACAAUUUAUUUUAACGAAAUAUUUUCUGUGACGUGUGCGACGGCAUUUCGUGUGGUUGACAAUUUCGAUUCGAAGUUGAAAAAAGAAAUUCGAUAUCGAAAAAAUAAAUAUAAACCGUUUUUAAUUAAUAUUCUGUUAAAAUGCUGGUCCCUUCGGACAUGAUAGCGGCCCAAUCCAAAAUGGUGUACCAAAUGAACAAAUAUUGUGCGGAUCGAGUGCAAGCUCGUAAAGCUCAAAUCCACAAGACCAUUCAAGAGGUCUGUCGAAUUGUUCAAGAUGUCUUAAAAGAAGUCGAAGUUCAAGAACCUCGAUUUAUAUCGUCCCUCAACGAUUAUAACGGUCGUUUCGAAGGUCUCGAAGUGAUUUCGCCGUCCGAAUUCGAAAUUAUAAUUUAUCUCAAUCAAAUGGGUGUGCUGAACUUUGUCGAUGAUGGCACUUUGCCGGGUUGUGCUGUCCUCAAACUGAGUGACGGUCGAAAACGUUCCAUGUCAUUGUGGGUGGAAUUUAUCACUGCAUCGGGUUAUUUGUCAGCACGCAAAAUACGUUCACGAUUUCAAACAUUGGUAGCGCAAGCAUGUGACAAAUGUGCCUAUCGGGAUAUUGUGAAAAUGAUUGCCGACACAACCGAAGUGAAAUUAAGGAUACGCGAACGUAUUAUUGUACAAAUUACGCCGGCAUUCAAAUGUGCUGGAUUAUGGCCGCGUUCGGCAUCACAUUGGCCAUUGCCGGGUAUACCAUGGCCACAUCCGAAUAUUGUUGCUGAAGUUAAGACUGAAGGAUUUGAUAUGCUGUCGAAGGAGUGUAUAGCAUUGCAGGGAAAGAAUUCAGCAAUGGAGGGCGAUGCUUGGGUUUUGAGUUUUACCGAUGCAGAAAAUCGGUUAUUGCAAGGUGCCAGUCGGCGUCGGUGCUUAAGCAUCCUGAAGACAUUGCGUGACCGUCAUUUGGACCUGCCUGGCAAUCCUGUCACCUCGUACCAUCUAAAGACAUUGCUACUAUACGAGUGCGAGAAGCAUCCUCGCGAAAUGGAAUGGGAGGAGAAUUGCAUUGCCGAUCGGAUAAAUGGAAUCUUCCUGCAACUGAUAUCCUGCCUUCAAUGUCGACGUUGUCCACAUUAUUUCCUGCCAAACAUGGACUUGUUUAAGGGCAAGAGUCCCGGCGCUUUAGAGAAUGCUGCCAAACAAGUGUGGCGAUUAACGAGGAUAAUGCUGACGAAUGUUCGUUGUUUAGAAGAAUUGUAAACGCGAUCAUUUUUUU